GGAGGAACUGCUGAUACACAGGGGGGACACUAGAACGCAAGAGAGCCACACUGAGAAGCACUGCUCGAUCUUCCUGCAGGAAAGAAGAUCUGCUCUGGAAAUCAAACUUAAUAUUUGUAAAGGCGUCCGCUGGAUUCGACCAGUUUUUCAGAAAUUGCGACCAGGAUGAAGUACUACCAGUGCCCCGUGUCCCAGACCAUGGGAAUCGAGGUUUACACCCAGGACUGUGGCGUCCCAGUCAACUGCAAGAGCUCUGCUGCUCUGAAGUCAAUGCGCAGCGUGCACUUCCCCAAUGACAUCCUUUUCCAGGACUAUAUACGACACGGCGAGCUGGAGAGGAUCGGACUUUUCAUCCGAGCCAGAAGAGUCAGCCUGGACACCAUCUACAACUCUGGCAUGGCCGCCAUCCACGAGGCCGUCCUGUCUGGGAACCUGGAGUGUGUGAAGCUGCUGGUCCACCACGGAGCAGAUAUCCACCAGAGGGACGAGGACGGGUGGACCCCACUGCACAUGGCCUGCAGCGACGGCUUCCCACACAUUGCACGCUACCUUCUCUCGCUCGGUGCCGACCGCGAGCUGGAGAACGACUGCGGGGAGAAGCCGACUGACCUCAUCGACCUGGACAACAAGGAGCUGCUGGAGCUCUUCGGGCUGGUGGUCAAUGACUGAGAACAUGUCGCUUUUGAAGCCACUAUCUCAUCUGAAACGGAGCGCACGGUCAUCAGACUGCUGCUGCAGGGACGGACAGAAAAGGCCACGUCAGUCCAGCAUCCUGAUUUAGUGAGCUGCCUCAGCUCUGCAGGUCAGAGACUGUGGAUGUCUGGUGGAAGGAGGGCUGAUAGCCUGUUGGCUGCCUCCUGACUGAUCUUUUGCUGGUACGGGCUGCCCCCCCGAUCUCCAGCCGUACAGAUUGACUGUAUCCUGUAAGAGCUUCUGAACCGUUUAUACUGUAAUGAACUGAAUGAGUCAUUUUGAUUUUUAGUUUAUUUGGCAUGUCACUGAAUGUUGUGGAACUGUUGUUUCACUGUCAGCUAACACCUCUCUGAAAGCUACCAUCAGCUUCUGUUGACUGCCUUACUACCAAAUUAGUGAUGCUUUUUUUAUUAUUCUUGCCUUCUGAUCACUUUUAGACUUGUACUCAAUAGUCGUUAUUUGUACAGUAUAUGACUUUUUAUAUUUUUUAAAAAUAAAGUUCAUCAAACAUU